AUGCGCCUGCCUAUCAAACGCCCGCUCGGCGGAAACCGAAACCAACCACGCUGGUGCCGCCCUUUUGGAAUGGUUGACUCAGUUAAUUACCUUACCAUACCAAGCCUUCUACAGGUGGUCAUAGUUACACUGGCAAUCGUUAAUUCUAGUGCCAAUCCAGAAUCUAGAGUCAAACUGAAAAAGAACCAGGCAGAUAGACAAAACUGA